UGAUGACAGUCAGCUGUUUUUGAGAGACUUCGACGGCGUCGCUUUAAAAUCGGCUGCACAAAUUGUUUAGAAUCUUACCAUUUUCAAGACGCGGUCGAAUCCAUUGGACCCGCUGGCGUACUCGGACAUCUGCUUCACAAAGUCCUUUGAAAAGAAAGAACUUCAGUUAUCUACUCAACAAGUUACAUGGUGCUCUAACCAUUCCCAGUUUCUUGGCCGCCAUUCCGGUGGAUUUGGAUUCCUGAACUGAGCACGACGAAAUGACGAAAGUUACUGAGGGAGAAAUUUCACAUGGCGUUCAAGAUGUCGGGAAAUAUUAUCUGGAUUUUCACCUUCUAGCCAAAGGAUUCGUCCGCCAGGACUCGGUACACGACUUUGUAAACAGCGAUUCCGAUGGAGACUUUAUAGCACUGAGCGGCUCCAAAUCGGAAGUGAUCACUCUGGAAUUGAGCAGCAAGUUCAUGGUCGUGGAUCCCUUUCCGUAUUUUGUGGCCAUUUAUGAUUCCAACGCUGCGGAAACACGACCUCUGGACGUUUUGGCCAACAAAGUGGAUCUGGUUGCCAUAUACGACAGCUGCGAUGUCCUGGAGGCACAGCACUUGGCCCUGGACCCGGCAUACACGGCUGUGUGCUCCGUUGCCGUGCCACCAGCCAGACUAACAGCUGUUAAGCGAGCACCCAAGCUGGCAGCUAAUGGAAAUCUCCUCCUGGGCUCCCUCAACACUUAUGGAUCCUUGAGCCUAAUAAACAAGUCCGCUGAGUACAAUCGUUGGAACCCUGUGGAAGGACUAAAUAUCGCUGAAACUCUGAGGGACACUCUGCUGCCUGAAGUGGACAUCGCCAAGAUAAAAGACUUUAAGAGCUAUCAAGAAUAUAUUAAUCCCGCCUGGAUCACUAUGUUUGCUUGGUUACCUGAUGAUGCAGAUGCCACUGGCCAGCAUGUUUUGGUUCUGGGAACAGCCGCAGGAAGUUUGUGGUUGCUCACACUAAGCGCCGAUGUCAAAACUCUUUUAAGUCAUCAAGAAACGAAAACCUCAAUGGGUCGUAUCUGCCAUAUACAAGCUUUCAAGGACCUUCUACUGGUGGGCGAUAGCAACGGACUCAUUCACCUGUACCAAUUGCCAGCUAAGGGAAAUACAGCUCUCGCCUUAGUGAAGCCCUUGUGGGAGAAAGCCGAUCGCAUGGGUCUGCAAAUGGCAGUGAUCACUGAAUGUCCCAGAAUGGAUUGCUAUUAUAUAACCUGCUGCAAGGCGGCGCACCUGCUGACCUGGAGCAUGCCAAGAACGGGGAGCACAGACUGCCUGCAAGCUCGGAUCUAUGUCGGCGGAAUGAAGAUCACCGCUCUCUGCAGCCUGGAGAACAGUAGCUACGUUGCAGGAACCGCUGGAAGCUGUUUGUCUUGCGUACAAAUUAUCCACGAGAAUAAUCAGCUUAGCCUGCAGAUGCAAUCGAUAGCCAUGGGUGUCCUUCAGGAUUUCCAGGUGAUGGGACUGUGCACCAGUAGGCACAAGAACUUAAUGACCCUGUUACUCUACCGCAACAAGGAAUAUCUAAAUGAAACUGUAUCUCAAAAGAACCAGUUGGUUAUGCAAGUGCUCAAGGUGGGGAAUCAGGAUCCACUUGAUCAGCUUGUCAGGCAUCUGGAAUCCAAUAAGCCCAUGAAUCACUAUACCGAUUUAUUAGCUGGACUACGUCUGCACGUUUUUGCCGAGGAGAAUUGGCAAAAAUUUAUGGACUUUUGUCCAUUAGAUUCCAUUGAAUUUGCCGAUACCGCCACUGAAGGUCAGCUGCAGCAGCUGCAAAUUAAAUUUCAUGUUCUUCAAAACGUGAUUCGCCUGCAAUCGAGCCACCUCCAGCUGACAGUUCACAUCCAAAAGUCCCGGGAUGAACUGCAGCUGCUCCUUGCGAUGCUGAAUAUCACACACAUAAGACUGAGGCUCCAGUUUAUUGGGUCAUUAAGUAAGAGAUCACCAUUCCAGGAGCAGGCGAUAAAAUGUAUGUUCGAGGAGGCCCACAGACUGAUAAAUAAACUCAAUGACGACUUCACGGAAAACCAUGCCCUAGGAUCCACAGCAAGGACAUUCGUUGAACAAAUGGGCAACCAUAUUCAGCACUUGCACGAGAUGCUAGGUAUACCUGUGAUAUCUAAUCCCCAGAAGCAACUUCAUCGAUGCAGUGUGUCCUUUGUGGAGAUCUCCCUCAGCUUGGAGCGACGCUACUGCAGCCUCUGCAACCGCCAAAUCCUAUUCGAGCUGGACAAUCUGCAAGAACUCUACGAGUCGGGGAGACAUCUGACAUGUCCCGUUUGCCAUGGAAGCUUUGCCACGGAAAUGUUUAAUGCAUAAACGUUAAAUUUAUUCUCAAUCUUAAUUACGAAGUGUUUUGUGUGUCCGCCUCUAAGAGCAAAGCAAGUGAAUCCAUGGAGACACCUCACUCGGCUUCCAGAUGCCGACACACAUGGUCAGAAAAGGUGUGUGUGUCAUUGUUAGUACUCGGAAACAUAGAUAAUGGGAGUGGUCUCGAUUAGCAGAAUGUCCUGCUCCACCUGGCGAAGAUCGGACUCCAGCUUGCUUUUGCGCUGCCGCUUGGCGAUGCUGUCGAUAAGGAGCGACAUCGACUGAUACUGCUUGGUCAUCUCGGUCAGGCUCAGUCGCAGUCCCUCGAGGAUCUCAUUUCGCUCGGCCUGCUCCAUCACCCGCAUACCCGGCAUUGGCGGCGGACCACUUGAUUGGACGGAUGCCCUGGUGAAACCCUUGAUACCGCGGCACAGCUCCAGCAAACGUGCCUGUUCCUUGGCACACACCGCAUUCAUGUCGGCCAACAUCCUCUUGGUUUUCUUGAGGUAAACAGGCACCUUGCCGAAAUCCUUGCGGCAGAUAAACUGCGGUACCAAUCCGGAAUUGAGUAGAUCGUGACGAGCUCCCACGGGAGUGUCUACAUAACGAGGUGGCGGGGGACAGGGAACCGUUUGUCCGGCACAUAUCUUGUUGCGUUUGAUGAAGUUAGGUACCAUUGCCGGCUUUUUGCCGCCACUGCCCGGUGGUGGUAGUGGGGGCAUUGGCGGCAUCUUGGGACACUUGUGGGUGUUCUCUCGCCGCCAUUUGAUGCCCUGGCUCUUGCGCAAAUAGGCGCACGGUGGGUCAAUCGGAGUGUGAGCACAGCCCAUGGUGCGGUGGGCUGAUUUCUUGGCCUCUGUCAGGACGCGGGUUCCAUCGUUCUGGAGGAUAAUCGAUAGCUUCUUGUCCUCCUCGUUAAAGCGUUCGCGAAGUCUCUUGGCAUACUUGGCUGCCCUCUCCACAACAGCUGCAAAAUUGCUUAAAGUUAGGUGGGAGGUAACGAUUUUUAGUACGAAUCCCUACGAUUUUUGUAGACAAAAAUUGAUUCCUUAGGUCCUUGGGCCUUCACAAAGUCCUGCUCGCACUCGAGAAUAUUCUCAUCGUGAUGGGUGAUAUAAACCAGGGACAUUGUAAUACAAAUAUGUAAGGAUGAAGGU